AUGGUAGCUGGAGCUACUGUUCAACGACCAGAGUACCUCAGUAUGAACCUCAAUAAGUGUGCUAAUCUAGGCCUCAAUGCCUUCUUCCAGGCAGAAAGAGGUAUUUUGAAGAUGAGACAGCUCUCUGUCAUGGCUCAAAACAGGCUUUCCGACGUCGUUUAUUGUCUUGCCGAGCCGGUCGUUGCUCAGAAAUGUCUCAGGGCGUAUAUGAGCGAUAUCAAGGAAUCCGCAGAGGAAUGUUACAUCACGUCCAAGGAGAUUGAUGACGAUUUCACUGCUUGGCUCAGGUUUGCACAGGAGCUAAACACAGCUUGGGCUGAGCAAAGGUCUACCGUCGCCGACAAGUCUGUCGCAAGUGAGUUGAAGAAGGCGACUGAAGAGUGCUGUCUCACGCAGACAGAGGAGGCCGUCAAAGUUGCUAAGAAGAUCGCUGAAGACUUGGGCAAGACACUUGACGGAGCCACUGUUACUUACACUAAGACAUCCGAUAAUUUUCCAACUGGAUGGGAGAUCAUUGGGCAACAAGUGGUUUCGGGGCUCUCCGAGUGCCUUACCACUGCCCUAAACCAAGCUAUUCCAGCCCUUGUGGAUAGUCUUGACCCAAUCACCAAAGCUAAGGCUGCUCUCGGAGGAGGGCAGACCACGCAACCACCAGCUGUUGAGGCUCGCGACCCUGCAUACGCUCAGCUGGCCCGAGAUCCAUACCUGUUCGACGCGCUGAACGGAAUUCUGCGCAGCACUGGCGGAGUAGACUGGAAGAGCACUGAAGUGACGAAAGAACAGCCGAAGACCGUCAUCGGUUUCAUCUCCAGCAUGCUCGGCGAUUCGCUGACAAGCUUCUCCAAGUUGGCCAGCGACCAGGCGGCUAGUAUUCAAUAUGAGCAGAUUUUGGCUGACGCGGUAAAGAUCGCACAGGAAAUCUUGUAUGAGUCCAAGAAGGCUAGUUCGAGUCUCAGUUAUCAGAAACCAGGCAAGGAUGACCCUAUGGUCAAGAAGUGGCAGGAAGUCUUUGAGGCUCUGUACUCCGACACUUAUGCUUUGAAAACCAAGGGUCGGCAGCUCCCAGGAAACUCUGCCAACCCGUCACCUUUAUAUCCAUCUGAGGCGGAUCGAACGGCGCAAAUCAGUGCCAAGACACAACAAGCCCAGCUUUUAGUCGAUAGCGCGACUAAACAACUGACCACAGCGUCCGAGACUCUGAAGGUCACCACCGAGGCUUACAAGGAGGCUUCGAAACAGCUCCUCGAGCAACAGACAGUCCUGGCCAGUAUCAAGGCGGAACUUACCAAGUUGACAAAGGAAAACAUGGCAUUGGAAGAGAUCAAGACCGUACUGGUGCAGUGCAUCAAACUGAUCAUCAAUCUGAAGUCACAGAUCACAAACUUGGUCCGCUUCUUCAGUGCCAUCGCCACGACCAUUGAUGUUUUCGUGAAUAAGACUGUAGCCAAAUUUUUAAAGACCGUCAGCAUCGCUGUCUCCUCCGAUUCUGUCGCGCUUGAAAAGGGGACAGUCGGAAACUACUCUCUUCUUGAUACUGAGCGAAGCAAACGAGAGGAGAUUCUCAACGGAAUGUACGAGCGCAACAAUGAUGUUUCUUCCACUAUCAAGCAGCUACCUGCAGGCACGGUUCCAAGCCAGAUCCAGUCUGUCAUUGAAAAGACUGCUAAAGAGUUUGAGGAAGCCACGAAGCAGCAAAUCGUGACUGCUGCCCAAUACAAGCCCAUCAACCGGCCCUCGCUGAUAAGUCUGCGUACGGAGAGCCUCUAG